CCCGCCGCCGACCGCCGCGUGCCGCCCGCUCCGCGACGCGCAAUAAACUUCGCAACUACAUCGCGACUCGUCGCCGCCAAAUAUCGUAGUCAAGUGCACUUUAACGGCUAAGAUAUAACCUUGCAUCUAUGAAGUAGAGUAACGGUAGUAGAGUGAAGUUUCAGUGAAAGUGCUACGCAUUUUGUUGUGCUACACUGCGCGCUACGCGAAAGUGCAAACUGCGCUCGGAAGCUGUAGCAUCGAAUGUCAAUAAUAUUCUGCAUCGGUGCGUUGGUCCCUGUCGUCGGUGGUUAUUUCCUUAAUAACAACAGAAAACUGCACUGUCUCCCAGCCAAUCAGCACUCUCAGUCAAACAAUUGAUGAACGAGAAAUUUAACUGAAAGUGGACGGAAAAAAUCAAACAAUAAUGGGCCAGGCGGUGGAAGCGUGCGUGGUGGAGCGCUAGGAUGCGACGGGGCGACGCGGUGCGCUGGCGACAUGAACGGGACAGCGCCGCUCGAGUGCUACACGGACCUGGAGGUGUCGGACGCCGACAAGCUCUUUCGGUUCAUCGUCCACGGCGUGCUGCUCAACGCCAUCGGCGCGGGCGGACUGCUGGGCAACGCGCUCUCUGUGCUCGUGCUCUCCAGGCCGCAGAUGCGCUCCUCCAUCAACUGCCUACUCAUCGGCCUCGCCGCCUGCGACACUGUGCUCAUCUUCACGUCCAUCCUGCUGUUCGGCCUCACGGCGAUAUACCCGUACACGGGCGCGAUGCGCUACUACUACUACCACGUGUGUCCCCACAUCACGCCGUACGCGUACCCCAUAGCGAACGUCGCGCAGACGAUGUCGGUCUACCUCACGCUGAUAGUCACGGUGGAGCGGUGGGUGGCGGUGUGCCAUCCUUUUCGCGCGAAAUCUCUGUGCACUUCGUCGAGGGCGAGGUGGUACGUAUUGGGGACUGCCACUUUUGCUUUUAUAUACAAUGCCCCAAAAUUUUUCGAAGCGGAGGUAGUGCCGGAAGGCGCCCCAGAACUCGGUGAGGUCAUAUACUGCGUGCAAGCGGACAUGGACUUCCGAACGGAUACUUACGUCGCGGUCUACAUACACUGGAUGUACCUGGUCGUGAUGUACAUCGUGCCGUUCUCAGCGCUGGCCGCGCUAAACGCGUGCAUCGUGCUGCAAGUUCACCGGGCGCAAGCGGAGCGGGCGCGCUUGUCCCGCGUGCAGCGCCGCGAGCUCGGCCUGGCUACUAUGCUGCUCGUGGUCGUGCUGGUCUUUUUCCUGUGCAACCUGUUGCCUCUAGUCACGAACGCCUUUGAGGUGUUUCUCGGUGAAGCGUUCGACCACUUGGAUCCUCUCGUAAAGACGAGCAACCUGUUAGUCACGAUAAACAGUAGUGUCAACUUCGUGAUAUACGUGAUUUUCGGAGAAAAGUUCAAGAGGAUAUUUUUGAAAAUGUUCUGUGCGGGUCGAUUGCGCCGCGGGCGGGACUCGCCCGAGCACACGAGGGACGACUCCUUCGCGUCGUGCGGCGAGCGGGUGUCGCUCAGACUGGUGCGGAACGGGACGCUGCGACGGUCGGACCUGAGGUCGGCGCGCAUCAACCGCUCGCGGCGCGCUGCGUCGCCCGCGCCCACGGUGUACUACCCGGCGCCCACCACGCCCUCCACGGACGUGUCCAUCGCGUCGCUCGACGGCACCACGACCACGCGGUGGAACGGCAACUCCCGCCUUCACUUCUGACGGCGCGACUCGUAAUUUCAUAUUCAACUGAUUCCUGCGCAUUAGCGUUCUGUGUAUAUUGUGUAAAUAGUUUAGAUACCUAGGUUAACUCAAACUUUUUGUGACGUACGACUCGAGCUCAACAUAAUUAAAGAAAGACAUGUUUAAUAGACUUGAAUGUAUUAAAUAAGAAUAACGUUACCUCUGAAUAUUGUAAUUUUAUUCCAUCCUCCUAUUUUUUAUUAUCUGUGAACAUAUUAGUGUUACGUAGCAAAAUAUACGUAUUUUUAUCAUAACACUUAAUGAUACGUUUAUGAUCUUUACUUUUAAUAUCUCGGCAUCAAAAGCCCUUUCACAAAACACAUUGCGCCAUAUAUUAGAUCUGAUAUCAUCGUCAAUAUAAUUAUGUAACGCAAUUUGUUUAAAUUAUGCUAAAAUAAAUGAAGCGCUAUCGAAAUAGAAACUGCCAUUGAAACAUAUUAUGAUUAAUGUGUAGCAAUAAUGUUUGUGAAAACUGUAAGGGCCUCUUGACGUGUUCACUGUGUAAACGUUUUGUUCCAACAAUAUUAAUUUAUAGGCAUAAUCUAAUUUCCUAAUUGUAC